UUCUUUAAACGGUUACAAAUGUUUUGUUGUUAAAUGAUAUUAUGCUAAUGUGUUUGAGUUGAUGUUGGUAUCUCAAGGGACCAAAAUAGUAGAGAUUGUGUAGCUGAUCUCUAAAUCUUCCUUCAAAUUAAAGAGAUGUCAUUCACAACAGCAGCCAGGUAAGCGUAUAUGAGCAACAUAACAAGUUCUUCAAGAUUCCUUCAGUGAGUUAUGAAAAGCACUGGUUCUACAUGUCCAUGUCUAAUCUGUUCUCUUUUCUCUGUCAGCAUGUGGCCGGGCACCAAACAACCUCAGAAUUGUGGGAGGUCAAAAUGCGGCUGCAGGAACUUGGCCCUGGGUAGCCAGUAUACAAGUGAAUGGCAUGCACCAUUGUGGAGGGUCCCUGAUCAGCGAUAUGUGGGUUCUGACUGCUGCUCACUGCAACCCAGAUCGCAACAUGACGGUUGUUCUGGGCCUCGAAAGCAUGUCUGGUCCAAACUUGAACAACGUGUCUAAGGCAAUUGAUAAGAUCAUAGUCCAUCCUGCUUACGGCGACCUUCUCAACGAAUUUGAUAACGACAUGGCUCUUCUGAAGCUGUCGAGCCCGGUGACGUUUACCAACUACAUCCAGCCGGUGUGCUUGGCCUCUGCAAACAGCACCUUCAACACCGGAGACAACAACUGGGUUGUUGGUUUUGGUACUACAUCAAAUUGUAACAAGUGAUCAUUUGGAAAAAUG